UUUUGGUUUGCUUUUUAUUAGGUCUUUGAUUAUUUUUGCUCGUUUAAUUGUAUUAAUUAUUAUUUAUGAGAUAAUGUUGGUGUUGUCAUUUGACUCUGUCUUUUUUCCUGGAGGAACCAGAAUAUAUCCAAGUGUUGGUUGACAUUUGAAACUUGACUCUCAUGGUCUUGGUUUUUGUGUUCCCUCUCUUUUAUGAGACAAACUUGGCGUCUAGGAAGAGCUGCUUCAUCAUGUUUUCUUGACUCACACAAACCUGUUUUUAGGAAAACUUGGACUUGUCUUUGAAAACCUUAGUUUUAAAUGUUGUUAUUACCUAUUGUGCUUUUCUUUACGUUCAUAUUCAUCCAAGUGAUUUGUGAUUGAGUCAACGUGAAAAUUUUAACCAACUGUGAUCUACAAACUAAAUAAUGGCUACGGUUCACAAUUUGCUGACAAUUUUAAUUUGAACAAAAUUUUAAUCUGGACAAACAAGGAAUUGAUAUUCAACUAUAAAAUAAUAUUAACUGACUGACGAGGUAAAUUCAGAACAAUGGCCGAUUUUGAGACUGUGUUAAAGGAUGUGGAAGAAAAAGAUGUUAAAACUGAAAGUCCCAAAAAAACGAAAGCCAAACAAAAGAAAAAAGAAGUCAAAAUCAAAGGAAAAGGAGUUCAAAUAGUUGCCUUUUCUGAAAAUUCAGAAGCCUGUCAAUUCGAUCGUGCUGCGUUAGCAUCUGUUCUCAAUGACCCUGCCAUUCGUGAUUUACCUAUUGCUGUUAUAUCUAUAGUUGGUCCAACCAGCUCAGGUAAAACUUCUUUUGAAAAUUAUUGUUUCCGUUUUAUGGAGCGAGAUGGUUCUCCUGGUUGGAUUGGUGAUGAUGAUGAACCAUUACUUGGUUUAGAAUGGAAACCAACUCAUGGUACAGUAACUCGUGGUAUUUGGAUUUGGGAUCAACCUUACAUUGUAAAAACUACCUCUGGUCAAAAAAUUGCCGUCAUUUUCAUGGACACUGAAGGUCUUUAUGGUAAAGAUGAAGUUCGUGGAAGAUGGAGUCAUGUCUUCGGAAUAAGUACUGCUGCCAGCUCAAUCCAGAUAUUCAACCUGAAAGAAGAGUUGACUCCGAGAGAUAUUGAAGAGCUUCAAGUAUUUGUCCGGUUAGCUGAAAUUGGUAUUAAACCUCGAGGUAAAAAGGGUGGUAAAAAAGAUCCAAAACUUAAGCCAUUCCAACGAUUAUGGUUUCUCAUAAGAAGCUGGCGUUAUCCAGAAGAUUAUGAAUAUGGUGAAAAAGGUGGCUCUAAGUAUUUGGAAGAUAUAUUUAUUACCAAGGAAAGUGACAAAGAUCAUCUGAGAAAAAUGAAGGAAUCAAUUGUUGAUGCAUAUCAAGAUAUUUAUUGUUAUCUCAUGCCUCAUCCGAAUGAUGUUAUUUAUCGUAAAAAUUACAAAGGAGAGUUAGGUUCACUUUCCAAUGAUUUCCGUGAUCAUCUUGAAAGAUAUAUUACCCACUUACUAAGUCCUGAAGGUAUUCGACCAAAAGAAUUGGUAGGAUUACAAUUAACUUGUGGACGCUAUAUUGAUUUUUUCGGUUCUCUAAUUGAUAUUUUCAAUGAUGGUUCAUUUCCUCGAAUUGAUUCUCUAAUGAUGGCAAUUUCUUUAGCAACCAAGAAUCAAUUGAUCGAUCAUUUCACUAAAACUUACGAAGAAAUGGUCAAAUGUGAACUUGAGCUUGUUCUUGAUACUAGUAAACCUCGUGGACGUAAUACAAUAUUGGCGGUUUUUAGGUCCGUUCAAAAAGAUGUUCUGGAAAUGUUUGAAAACCAUCCAAAGUUUUUCACCCGAGAAGAAUGUGAUGAAGUUAAAUUAAAAAUCACGGAAGGAAUGAAGAUUGUCCAUGAGAAAAUUAGCAAGGUUUAUAGCAAUAAAUUUAAUGACUAUUAUGCUGAGUUAUAUCAGCAAACUUUGGAAAAGAUGUACCAAAUGGCGCGUAAUAAGGAGAAAAUGGUUUACGUCGAUCCGUCUGAACUGAUUCGAAUUCAUUCUCAAUUGAAGAUAAAAAUAAUCAAUGAAGUUCACCAAUUAAUGCUUCUGGGUAUGGAUGUUAAUAUGAAAACCAUGAUAAGACGGCGAAUGGAUGCACGCUUUAUUAGAUUCUCCCAAGAAAAUGAAGCUCUUGUUGAAGAAGUUCAAUCACUGAAAGUGAAAUAUGCCGGUGUAACUGCCGGUGGAGGUAUUUUAGGGUUAACUUCUGGUUCUUUGGCUGCUCAUGGAAUGGGAUCAGCCGCAGCUUCGUCUGCAUUGAUUGGAGUUUUAGCAGCUGGAUUAAUAAUCUCAGGAAUUACAGCCAUUGCAGGUGCCGGUUACAUUGGAUUCAGAUGGUACAAGACUAAACUUAGCCGUGAUAAAGCAACAAAAUGUCUUCAAUCAAUGAUGUCUCCCAACUCAAAUCCACUUCUAGAUGAAUCUCAAUUACAAGUAUAAACCUACACAUGGUUAACUUUGUUUCAUAUUUUUGAUAUCGACUUGAAUUUUAUAAACGAGAAUAAAAAUUUACUAUUCUCAUUCA